AUGCCGCCCAAGGCGAAGAAGACGGACGGUCCUCAGGAUACGGCCGACGGCGCCGCUCAGCCCGCCGCCACAAAAGCCGUGCGCAAACCGCGCGCCGUCCCGCGCAGAAAACCCGCUGAUACAUCCGCCGUCGCCGCCGCCGCCGCCGCCGCCGACUCGACCGAGACGCACGAAGCUACCGCUAAUCCCUCACAACCGACGACGACCUCGAACGAGACGACGACCACGACCACGACCACGACUACGACAGACAAGCCCUCGGCGCCGCAACAGCAGAAUGGGACCUCAGCGCCCAGCACCGGCGCGAAGAAGCCACACAAGCCGCCGCAGCAGCGCCGGCGGGCGGACGACGGCAUGGACAGCGUGCUGCAGCCCUUCUACCACGGCAAGUCGCUGACGGACCCGAUCGACACGGCCGAAGACAAAUGGAACCUGCUACCAGCAUUCCUCAAGGUGAAAGGGCUGGUAAAACAGCACAUCGACUCGUUCAACUACUUCGUCGACGUGCAGCUCAAGGAGAUCCUGCGCGCGAACCAGUACGUCUACUCGGACGUGGACGACAAGUUCUUCUGGCGCUACGCCGACGUGCGCGUGCUGCGCCCCUGCCGCGUCGAGGAGGAGAACGUGCGCGGCAUCCAGAGCACGGUGACGCCGAAUGAGUGCAGGUUGCGCGACAUGACGUACGCGGCGCCGAUCGUCGUCGACGUCGAGUACAAGAAGGGGAACGUCAAGGUGAAGAGGAAGGGGAUACACAUCGGGCGGAUGCCGAUCAUGCUGAGGAGCAACAAGUGCCAUCUGUGGGGCAAGUCGGAGGGGCAGAUGGGCCAGCUGGGGGAGUGCUCGAUCGAUCCCGGCGGGUAUUUCAUCACGAGGGGGCAGGAGAAGGUGAUUUUGGUGCAGGAGCAGUUGAGUAAGAACCGCGUCAUUGUGGAGUCUAUGAAGGGGAUUAUACAGGCUUCGGUUAUCAGUUUUACGGUCGACCGCAAGUCCAAGGGCUAUGUGCUUUUGAAGAAGGGCCUGCUUUACUUGAAGCACAACACCUUUACUGAGGAUAUCCCGGUCGUUAUUGCGUUCAAGGCCAUGGGGAUCCAGUCCGAGCACGAAAUCCUGCUUUUGGUGGCUGGCGACGAUAGCGCGUACCAGGACGAGUUUGCCGUCAACUUUGAGGCGUGCUACAAUGAGAAGAACGAGAGGAUAAACACGCAGAACCAGGCUCUGGAAUACAUCGGCCAACGGACGCGUCAGCUCAGGAAGCCCAUUGGAAACAGACAAGCCAGGAACAUGCAGCAGGAGGCCAUCGACGCCCUCUCGAACAUGAUGAUGAGCCACGUCCCCGUGGUCGGCAUGAACUUCCGCCCAAAGGCACUCUACAUCGCGUACAUGACCAGGAGGGUUCUGAUGGCCAUCCACGACCCGAAGAUGGUGGACGACAGGGAUUACGUCGGAAACAAAAGAUUGGAGUUGGCCGGACAGAUGAUGGCACUGCUGUUCGAAGACAGCUUCAAGAGCUUCAACUACCAGUUCAAGGCCGCCAUCGACAAGAUCCUCAAGAAGCCGAACAGGGCCGCGGAAUUCGAUGCCUACGAUCAUAUCCAGACGCACGGUUGGAGCAUCACUGCGGGCAUGGAACGAGCGAUUGCCACGGGCAAUUGGAGCUUGAAGCGUUUUCGCAUGGAGAGAGCGGGCAUCACCCACGUUCUCAGCCGCCUCAGUUACAUUUCCGCCCUCGGUAUGAUGACCCGUAUCACUUCGCAGUUCGAGAAGACAAGAAAGGUCUCGGGUCCUCGUGCGCUCCAGCCUUCGCAAUUCGGUAUGCUGUGCACUUCAGAUACCCCCGAAGGUGAGGCCUGUGGUCUGGUCAAGAACUUGGCGCUCAUGACGCACAUCACGACCGAGGUGCCGGAAGAUCCCGUGAGGCGGAUAGUCUUCAUUCUCGGUGCCGAGGACGUGCAAUCGGCGAGCGGCACCGAGUUGUAUUCCGACGGGGCCUACAUCAUCUUCGUCAACGGUUCGCCCUUGGCGCUCACCCGCGAACCCAGGCAGUUCCUGAACGGCUUCCGCAAGUUCCGUCGCAUGGGCCGUAUCUCUGAGUUUGUCAGCAUUCACAUCAACCACCACCAUCGCGCUGUGCAGAUCGCUACGGACGAAGGCCGCAUCUGCAGGCCGUUGAUUGUUGUCGAGCGUGGAAAGUCCAGGGUGUCUGCACGGUACCUCAGGGCUUUGCAGAAGGGUACCAUGGAGUUUGAUGACUUCCUUUCUCGCGGUCUCGUCGAGUACGUCGAUGUCAACGAGGAAAACGACUCGAACAUUUGCAUCUACGAGAAGGAUCUCAAAGAACACCAUACGCAUCUUGAAAUCGAGCCCUUUACGAUUCUCGGUGCCGUCGCUGGUCUCAUUCCCUACCCCCACCACAACCAGUCUCCUCGUAACACCUACCAAUGUGCCAUGGGCAAGCAAGCCAUCGGCGCCAUUGCUUACAACCAGUUCACUCGUAUCGACACUCUGCUCUACCUCAUGGUCUACCCCCAGCAGCCCAUGGUCAAGACGAGGACGAUCGAGCUCAUCAAGUACGACAAGCUUCCCGCCGGGCAGAACGCCACUGUCGCCGUCAUGUCUUACUCCGGUUACGAUAUUGAGGAUGCUCUCGUCAUCAACAAGGCCUCUUGUGACAGAGGAUUCGGUCGUUGCCAGGUGUUCAAGAAGGCUAGCGCGACACUCAAGUCAUAUGCCAACGGCUCCCAGGACAAGAUCACGGGCCCAGAGAGGAAUGCCGAUGGCCCCAUCAACGCGAGGCACAAGAAGCUCGGCGAGGCCGAUGGCAUCGCGGAAGUCGGCAUGCUCCUCGAGAAGGACGACGUCUACCUCAACAAAUUCGUGCCGACCCAGACGAACCCCGUCGGCCUCGAGGAGGGCAGGAGGAGACCGCCGCAGGAGUUCAGGCCGACACCCAUGAGCUACAAGCUGCCCGACCCCGCCUACGUCGACAAGGUCCUCCUCACCGAAAACGAAAACAGCACGCCCGUCAUCAAGAUCCAGACGCGCCAGACGCGCCGGCCCGAGCUGGGCGACAAGUUCUCCUCGCGCCACGGGCAAAAGGGCGUCGUGGGCAUCAUCGCCGAGCAGACGGACAUGCCGUUCAACGACCAGGGCAUCUGCCCGGACAUCAUCAUGAACCCGCACGGCUUCCCGUCGCGCAUGACGGUCGGCAAGAUGCUCGAGCUGCUGUCGGGCAAGGCCGGCGUGGUCAGCGGCGAGCUCCAGUACGGCACCUGCUUCGGCGGCAGCAAGGCCGAGGACAUGUCGCAGAUCCUGCUCGAGGCCGGCUUCUCCUACUCGGGCAAGGACAUGCUGACGUCGGGCAUCACGGGCGAGUCCCUGCCCGCCUACGUCUUCUUCGGCCCCAUCUACUACCAGAAGCUCAAGCACAUGGUCCAAGACAAGAUGCACUCGCGCGCGCGCGGCCCGCGCGCCAUCCUCACCCGCCAGCCCACCGAGGGCCGCUCCCGCGACGGCGGCCUCCGCCUCGGCGAGAUGGAGCGCGACUGCCUCAUCGCGUACGGCGCCAGCCAGCUGCUGCUCGAGCGCCUCAUGCUCAGCUCCGACGCGCACGAGUGCGACGUCUGCGACGUGUGCGGCAUGAUGGGCUACCAGGGGUGGUGCCAGAGCUGCCGCAGCAGCAAGGGCGUCGUCCGCAUGACGAUCCCGUAUGCGGCGAAGCUGCUGAUUCAGGAGCUGUUGAGCAUGAAUGUCAAGGCGAGCUUGAGGCUGGGGGACGAGUUUCCGGUGGAGGAGUAG